AUGUCUUUGUAUUUUUCAAAGAGCAUAGGUAUUGGAUUAGAACAAAAUCCAUAUUUUCAAGGAGUUAUGACCAAGUUAGAAAGCCAUUGGAAAGGUUACGGAUAUAAUAACGGUAUUCUGUUACUUUAUCUGUCUAAAUUACGAUCAACCAAUUGGAAUCAUCUAUGGUUGAGCAUAACUAGAAGAGCUAUUAAACGUCAAGGUUACUUAAUCACUGGUGAACAGGAUAUUUUAAACUUAAUAUUAUUUGAAUUCAAAUACAUUUUAUAUGAGAUUCCAUGUGAAUGGAAUAUUCAAUUAAGUGCAGGAAGUGAUGAACAACGAUGUCCUGUAAGUUGGUUAACUUAUACAGAAUUGAAAAAGCGUAAUUAUACAACAAUUGUUAAACAACCAAAACUUAUUCAUAUUAAUCAUCAUAUAAAACCAGAUGAUAUAAAUGUGAAUUAUACACCGACUGAGUACAUUGAUCAAUCAGAUAUCAUUCUUAAACGUAAGUUAAUAUGUAAUGAAAUAUGA